CAGCAAACUUCUGACAUGUGGCCCCCUAAUGUUGUUUACAAAACAGUAAGAUCAGAGUCAGACAGAGGGGGGAAACAAAAUCAGUAAGUUAAGCUGUUGUCUGAAGUAUUUAAUUUAAGCAUUCAGAAUUAAGAUCACUGCACUAGUUUGUGUUCAAACCAUCUGACUGUAUCAAACACAAUUAUUUAUUAGGCCUGGAAGAACCUUAAUACUUAUCUGAUCUCUUAAAAUUAAAACAUUAAAUCUAAAAUCUAAACCAAGUUGACACUAAGUUUAACUAAGUAAGUAAAAAGUAAAAAGACAAAAAAAAAGUUUAAUGAAGUCCAAAUGAAAAUCAAGUGCAAAUCAGUCGCUACUUUGUGUGUGUCAAGGCAGUGUCAAGGGAAUGAUGUGAUUCUGCUGACUCAAUCAAACUCAAUGGUUCUGGAAGUACCACUUCACACUCUCUUAACAAGAAAGAUUGGCCUCUUCCAACAAAUGUCAGUUAUAAUUGAAUAUUACUAAUGAGAAUGAUUUAUAUUAUGUUAUCACUGAAUGUGGAUUACCAGUCACAGGCAAAUUAAUGAACUUUAAAAUAAUUAUAAUCAUGUUAUUAUAAUAAUCAUAUAUAUGAAUUAUUAAGCUAAUCCUGCAACUAAUUUUUGUUUGGCCUACUUUUACUUUUAAGUGCACUUUCAUUUUUUAACACUAGGUUAAUUAUAUUUAACAGACAUAUGUUCUUAAUGCCUAUUAAUUACUGUUAUUUAGUUAAAUAAUUGAGUUUUAAGGAUUUAUAUAAAAUAUACUUAUCCCUCCCUAUAAUGAGUGUGUCUUAAAUUAAUUUUGUGUCCCCCCUGCCAUGACAAAAUUUAUGGAUGGGGCCAUAUUUUAUUUUAUUUUUUUUGCUGGCAUCUGUCCUAGCAGGACAAAAAUCCACAAGGCCUGGGAUUAUUCUUCUAGGAAUAAAAGCUGGUUCCCAAAAGCAAAUCGCCUCUCUCCGCACCGCUGAAUAACCCAAGGGGACAUCAUGUUGGCACCAGUGGCGUCGCAGGAGUUGUCAGAAUGGUUCAUUGUACCAAUGUUAUCCGCCUAAUGGACUCCAUCUCCGGGUUUGAAUUCACAGAGUUUCCUUCUCUUAGAGGAGUUGCCAUCCAAGGUUAACUAGUCCCAUCCAAGGUUAACUAGUCCCAUCCACCUGGGGUGCUUGACUGGGCUGUGGUGGAGAUUGAGCUCCAGACCAUCAACUUGAGAUUUGCUCAGUUUAGACCACUCGGCCACCCAGCACCCAUAAUAUAUAUGAAGUUAACAAUGAUGUUCUCUGCCAUUUGGCUUACAUAUCAUAUUAUAGAUUACACUGGUGACUAGCAAAACAUUAAAUUAAUUUAGUCAAUUAUAAUGAAGAGAUAAAAUGGGGAGCUGUGUUUGACCUUAAGUUUUAAGUUGUAUUUAAGUGAAUGAAGACAAAAUGAUACCCUACUCUUUUUUAGAACAUCCAUUUAUCCCCCAGGCAGGAGAAGCAAGAUAUUUAGUGCGAUCAGUUAGGUACUUACCCAACCUUUUAAGAAAGCUUUACUUAAGGUCUCAAAAACCCUCACAAUACCCAAUAAUGUGCAUGCCACACCACAACCAGUGUUGGGGAGGCAGAGGCGUAGCGAGGGUGUUUGGCGCCCGGGGACAAGAUUCGCGCCCGGGGACAAGAUCCAUUUUAAGGCGCCUCUUUUUUUUAUUUUUUCAACUGUCGAACCCAUUAUUUUCAUCAAUAAAAUAAUAUCAAAGCACAUUUUGGUGCCCCUAACUAGCUGGCGCUCGGGGACAUCUGUCCCCCCCCCCUGCCCCCACCUCGCUACGCCUCUGAGGGGAGGGGAGGAUGUGGAGCACCAUGUGGGACCAUAAAGAGCGUCAGCUCUGGUCCCUGAUAUUGUAUAAGCCAGGCUACCUCAGGCUUACAGGGUGGUGAUUCUGGGCGGACUUGUAUUUAUGGGCUUUUCCACUGCUAGGAAGAGGUGUUUUUUUUUAAAUCUUUGACCUAGGGAGUCUCAUACUAACUUACAUAGUGGCAGCCUAGAUUGAUGGAGGAAAACAAAACUUCCAUAGAAAUUACAUGUAGUUUAAUCAAAAUUAACUAAAACAUUUCAUUUUCUUUACAAUUAGACAUGGAGACCCGUGAUACCAUCACCAUUCAAAAGAGUAGCCUUGCACGACUUGUAUAUUUUGUCCCAUUGUGUAGCCUCUUCAUGUACUUCUCGAAGCAAAUGCUCUUUGGACCUAAUGUGUUGUGGCUUCAAGGCGUGACAGUAACUGAGGAUCUACAGAUCAUUUUUAAAGAUUCAAAUGGAAAGGUUUAUCUUGCAGGUUACAAACUUAAAAAUUUAUUUGAAGAAAUUGAGAUUGACAUUGUUAACUUUUUUAAAGGCUAAUUGUCGCAGUGAGAAAUAGGCCUUCUAUUGUUUUCUUAGAUUGUGUGUGGGACAUUUUAUCAGUUGUCAACAUUGUUGUGCACAAUGAAUGUUUUGUGUUCAUUAAAAUUCUCAUAACACAUGUUCUUAAUUUAAAAAUGCAAUCAAAAUUUUACAAUUUGUCCUAAACAUAUUUCAGGACAAAGUGACUUCAAUAAACCAGAUGAUAGACUGCCUGAGUAUUGCAGACAUCAACAGAACAAUGACAAUAUGGGGUGUUUACAAGACAAUCACAACCAGCGAAUAAAAAUUAUCACAGAUACAAGUGGAAAUAAAAGAGUCAGUUGUUAUAAGGUAAUUUCAAAUUCAGCCAUGGAGAGAUUAGAUAUGCAAUAAGUGCAAUUAAGCUAUAAGACAUAAUUUUUGGUCAUUUUUUCAAAAGAUAAUUAUAGGUCUGUGGUGAAAUCGCUUGUAUAUUUUCUGGUUUAAAUAAUAAUGCUCUCCUGUAAUCGUUAGGAUAUUGAUUAAAAAUUUUAUUUCAAUGUCUUGAAAAGAUAUAUUUAAAAAAACUACCAUAGAAUAUUAAAAUUUUCAGUUAACCUAUAAUAUUGUCCUGUGCAUUCAAAUGAUCUAUUAUUUUUUUUAAAACUGUGUCUCUUAAAAAUUUUAAACUAUUGUUAUGCAUUAAUUGUGUUGGCAUGGGCAAGGAGAGGACAAAGAGGGCCCCUGCUGUAGGUGCCAUCUUUAGAGGUAGCCAUUUUAUUUAUUUUUAAUAUAAAAUGUGUGUGUUAAUAUAUACAUUUUGGAAAGAGGGCGCCUAUAUUGAGGAUUUGUCCCGUGUGCAGCUUUUACUUGUCUGAAUGGUAAUGUUAAUAAAAUAUUUCUUACAAAUAGGUACAAAGAGAAGGGUUAAAAUGUGUCAACCAGAUGGUGAAGGACUGCUACAACCUUGGAGAUAGCCACUGGUACGGAGGCUUUGAGGCAUUUAACCAAAUGUGGCCCCUGAAGAAGGCCAUGCCGUCGAAGGAAGGGACAUUACUAACUGCACAGAAGGAGGAGCCUGAACCAGAAGGGGUGGAGCUUGCCAUGGGGCCUUAUGUUUCUGGAGAUUUUGGCAUUCACAAGGUGGUGCUGGCAAAUGUGUUAGAAAGGUGAUUUAAAUUUGUUCGUCUUGUAAUUUAAAGUAAGAAGUAGGCCUAUUUCAAUUUGAAAGAUUCAGUCCAGUUUUUUUUGCAGAUGGAAAUAUUUUCCUUCUCCGUUGUUGUGAGUAAUUUUCUUCAACCCUUGCUAACAGCGAGAUGACUUCAAUCCAUGACAAUGGCCAUAUGACUUUAACUCAAUCAAACAAUCCCCUAGCUUCAAACUAUAGACAGAAUUACUUAACUUCAAUCCAUUGAAACUGACACAUGGCCUAAUACUGCGGAAGUAUGCAGAGACAUCAACAUUUUCAAUGUUUAUCCUUUUAUCAUCUGUUCGUUUGAUCUGCUAUCAUGUAUUCAAUCACCCUCAGAUUCCGAACUGGGUGGCUCCAUAUUUUUUUUAAAAAGUGGAAUUUGUAAAUAUUUACUCUCUGUGAGGAUAAUAACAAAUGACUUAUGAGUUAAAUUUUUAGUUUUAUCCUCAGCUUGUGCAUGAAGCCAACCAAACUUUCCCACAGUUUUAAUUACAGUUCACUAUAAUUUUAAAAGUUUGUUGUUCACUAUCUUUUCAAUAGUCUGCAAUUUACUGUUAUUCCUGUAACUUGUUGUGCAUUAUUAUUUCAAUAGUUUGUUACUUUCUUUCAGGCUGUUCAUCUCCUCUUCUGGUGUGGGAAUAAUGGUAUCCAAGGACUCACCUCUUUACCUCAGUUUCAAUGCUCACAAAGAUGGUAAAAUUUGUCUUGCUGGAAUGUAUGAUGGCUCACAUUACUUCAGUCACCUGGGGAAGCCUCCAGUGCUAGGUGGGUGCUUGAAAUGUGAAAAUAUUUAAUAAUUUAUAACAAUGCUGUAUCUUUAAUGAAAAAGCCUGUGCUGUAAAAAAAAAAAUUAAGCCUUAUUGUGGAACUUAAUAAUAGGUCUACAAAUAAAAUGUUAAAAAAAGAAUAUUACUGUACCUAUUAUUAAAUGGGCUCUAAAUUUUGAGUGUUUGAUAAUUAAAAAUUUUUCUUAAAAUAAAUGAAAGUUGUUAUAAAUAUGUGGCAUUAGGGCUAUCUGAAUUCAAAAAGUAUAGUCUAAUAAGAAUUUAAUUUUUUUUUAAUUUUUUUGUGAUGAGCUAUAUUUUUUAACUCCUUUGCUGCAAGUUUAAAGAAUACUCUUCAUCAGAAUUAAUGUGGGUUGCUAUUAUUUUAUUAUUAUUAUUAUUUAUAUUUGUGUGUAUGUGUGUGUGUCUGUGGGGUUGGGGGGGGUUGCAUAAUGCAAAUAUUUAUCUGUAAUCUGUUGUUUUUUUUUACAUAUUUUAAUGAAUUUUAUAUAAUUUUAAUGGUAAAUAAAUGUUAAAAUGAAAAAAAAAAUAAUCUGCAUCAAUUAAAAUGGAAAGUCUUGUUUAUAGACUUUCUGAUAUAAUUUUUUUUUUUUAAAUGUUAAGUUUCUAUGAACAGUUUUGAAAUUAUUGAGUCACAGAAGCAAUAUGAGCAUCUCAUGCGGAAACACUAUUUUGAUAGUAUGAGCUUUUUUGACUACACUGGGUAUUUGAUAUAGUACAGAUUGACCAAACCAACACCUGCUUUCAACUGAGACAGCCAGUAAGCUUCUUUCAACUCAGAGGGCCAGUGGAGCCAAUUCCCUUUGUGCAUGUUACAUAGAUGAGUCUAUUAUCUUAACUUGGCCUAAUGUCACUCUUUUCAAAGACGUUAUAACAUUAGAAUAUAUUAUUAAAGUAAUUUAUUAUUACCAUCUUGUUGUUGCUACAUUUCAGAAUACACGGUCUGCAAAGCAAACAAUGUGAAGGAAAUCAGUGAUUAUAUGAGGGGCAGAUUUUUAAAUAAACCUGGGGGUACGCCCAGCCUGGAGUUGUUUCACCAUCCUAUUUGGUCAACAUGGGCCCAGUAUAACAGGAAAAUUAAUCAAACUGCUGUCAUGGAUUUUGCAGGUGUGUGAAAAAUUUUUAUUUAAAAAAAAACCAUCACUUUAACUUUAAGAAAAUGAAGUCAUAAGGGAAGAAACCAUACUUUAAGAAAAUGAAGUCAUUAGGGAAGAAACCAUACUUUAAGAAAAUGAAGUCAUUAGGGAAGAAACCAUACUUUAAGAAAAUGGAGUCAUUAGGGAAGAAACCGUACUUAAAGAAAAUGAAGUCAUUAGGGAAGAAACCAUACUUUAAGAAAAUGAAGUCAUUAGGGAAGAAACUUUACUUUAAGAGAAUGGCCAUGGCCAAAAGAUCUGUAUUUCCAUAUCACAACAUAUGAUUAACAAUUUAAGGAAUUCAACAUGGAAAUUCUUUAGCCAUUGCUUGGCAAAUGAACAGAUGUAUUUAACCAACUCACUUAGACCAUAUGCUCUCUGAAAUUUUUUUUUUAACACAGUAUUUAAAAGUUUCUUCUCUACUCAAAACCUGUAUCCCGUAGGGAAAAGCAGUGUAAGCUUCCCUAUAAAACAACGCAGAUAAUUAGAAAUUUAGUGGCAUCUACAUGGGUCAUUAUUAAGCUUAGUCUUUUUUAUGACCCGUAUAAUAAGUGACACCAACCUUUCUGCAUUCUAUGACUAUGGCUUGAAGGGCCACAUUUGGCCCACUGCUUAUGAGUUUUAGACCAGUGCCCUGCCCUAGAGCCAAGUAUCUGACCAAGACAAACUUUAACGUAAGAUGCAAAAUUCUUGCUUGCAGUGGUGUUUAGUGUGUCCAUGCUACAUGUGGCAAUAUAAUGUUGACUCACAGUGUAAAAUAUUUUAAACUUCAUUUAAGAUUAACAUCAUAGCAUGGCUUGAUUGCGCCAUCCCUGUGGUGCUACAGCCCAUGUAGGGCUUUGACCUUUACAGCUCUUUAGGUAGCUGCCUUAAUAUUUGGGUAUGGUUCGCUAGCCUUUGUGGAUACCUCUACUUCCUAAAAGGCAGUAGGUUCUGAUUUUGGUCUGCCCCGGGUAUUUUAUUUCCCGGCACCCGCCAUAUCUGGUGGGCUUUCCCCUAUCUGCCAGCAGAGAAAGCCCUCAAUGGAAGAUCAGUAUCUCCGCACAGGCUCGCUUGAGCCAUUCAGUUUGAUUUUUAGCAUGACAAAAAAAAAAGCUUUAUAACUCAAACACUUAGAUAUUGAAAAAUGAUUGUUAAUACUCCUCUAAGUAAAGAAAAUAUUUUUAUACUCCUUUAGAUAAAAUACGGCAGCAUAAAUUCCCAGCUGCCCAGCUGGAAAUCGAUGACAGAUGGACAGUCAACUAUGGCGACCUCGAUUUUGAUGAAGCUAAAUUUCCUGACCCUAAGCAGAUGGUUGCCAGCUUAAAUAAAAAAGGCUUUGCUGUAUCUCUGUGGACACAUCCUUUCCUGAGCCUGUCAUCAGCUUCAUUUAAAGAAGCCAUGCACCACAAAUACAUCGUCAUGGCAAGGGUAAGUUGGUGUAAGUCAAAGGUAGCUUUUUAAUCUUAAGAACCAUGGGAAGCUGUGUAAUAUUAUUAUUUAAACACUAGAAAUAACAAGUCAAACAAACGCCUGAACUUCCCAUCUUCUUAAGCUACUUGACAACAUGUAUUCAAGUGACGCACUUGAAAAGAAUCCCAAUUAGUGCUAACUUCUGGCAAUUUUAUUUUACGCCUGUUGAACACAGCGUUACACCCAUAACAUACCUUAGAGAAUUAUUAUUUGUUAUGUCUAUGAUAGAUGUGUGUUUAAAAAGUCAAUAAAGGUAGGAUGCUGUGACAAAAGGCUAAACAGUGUAGCUAGGGAACGUGGGUCAUACUAUUGUACCAAUGUACCUUAAAAAUUUUGGAAAAAAAAAAAAUUAUUUAUUAUAUUAUUUUAUGUGCUUUUAAUUUUUUAGAUCUAAAGGAAAUAAAGUCUCAGGCAGACUUUUACAUAAUAUGACACAAUUGAUUGAAUGCAUCCAGAAAUAUUCCAUUGUUUUUAAAGUAGCAUCCAUUUAUUUCUGAUUGGUCAAACAAAAUUGUGUUACUAAUUUUAGAAAUUGACAUCAUUAAGUGGCACCUGGAUGAAAUGAGCAAGGUUAGGAUUUAAUGAAUGAACACUGCAAUGUAUUUAUCUAGAGAAAUAAAUACAGUUGUGUAAAUGCUUUAUCUAUUUAAGGGAAGUGAUACUCCUGCCCUAGUGAGAUGGUGGAAUGAAGACAUGUCCGCACUUCUGGAUGUCACAAAUCCUGCAGCAGUUUUGUGGUAUCUACAGAAGCUGACCAAUCUCAAGGACCUGUACAAUAUCAGUUCUUUUAAAGUAAGUGUCAUUUAUAUCAUGAGAGGUUUUGUUUUUAAAUUAGAUUUAAAAUGCAUUUCAAUUUCAACACAACCCUUUCAUUAAUUUUCAUUGGGUUUUCUGUAAGCUCUGUACGAAACUAAUUAAUGUUUUGAAGAACUCACACACAUUGAUGCCCCUAAACUGUAAGCUGUUUUCUCUUAGUUUGAUGCUGGAGAAGCUCACUUUGUCCCGCAUGCUCAUCACACAUUUGAAGACAUGGUCUCAUCCAAUGAAUACGCCACCUUGUGGGCAGAGCUGGCUUACAGUGCAGAUCCAACAUCCCAUAGGCAAGAGGUCAGAGUCGGAUGGGAUGCCCAGAAACUUCCAAUCUUUGUCCGUUUGUUUGAUCGCAUGUCCAGUUGGGAUCGACAAGGCGGACUGGUCACUGUGAUACCCUCAGUGCUGACCUUAGGUAUCAUUGGCUAUCCGUUUGUUUUGCCCGACAUGAUUGGAGGAAAUGCUUAUGCUGAUAUGAUAGCAUUUGAAGGCGGGGCUUAUCCAAGGAGAGAACUGUAUAUAAGAUGGUUGGAGCUCAAUACCUUCCUUCCAGCUGUUCAAUUUUCUGUUGUGCCUUGGAUCUAUGAUGAUGAGGUCAUAGCCAUUACCAGAAACUACUUACAGAUAAGGGAGCAAUAUGCUAAGAAAAUUGUUGAGCUUGCAGAGGACAGUGUCAUGUCAGGUUUUCCAAUAGUCCGUCCACUCUGGUGGAUUGCUCCCAAUGAUCAGCAGGCGUUGGUGAGUGAAGAUGAGUAUCUGCUGGGAGAUGAUCUGCUUGUGGCACCUGUGGUUGUUGAAGGAGCAAGGAAACGAGAUAUAUACCUCCCUGCGGGAUCUUGGAAUGAUAAACUGAGAGGGGGCCUAGUCCAAGGUCCAACUCUUCUCAAAGAUUACCCUGUGGCCCUGGAAGAGUUGGCAUUUUUUGAACAAGACAAAGUUAGUGAUUCUUAAUGGUCUAGUGGUGUUUUCAGUUGUUCUGUUACUAAGUAUAAGUAGUUUAAGUAAGUUUAAGAGCAGCUUCAGUUGGUCUUGUGGUAUUUAUUAGUUGGUAAAAGACUUUAGUAAAAGCUUUAGUUGGUCUAGUAUAGGGUGACCAAAUCAUGAAAUGGACAAAACUGGACACAGCAAAGGAGGGUUUGGGGGGGGAUACCCUUCAGUUAAAGAGGGGUCCGGUCCGGGAGCCACCGCCGGAAACUGUUUAUUGAAAUAUGCUAAUAUUUUACUAUUUUAGCCUAGAAAUCUUUUUAACUUACCUUCACUUUUUUAACUAAAUUUAAACUCUGCGGCACAUCAUAAACGAAAAAGAUAAUUUUGCAGUGAAUACUUAUUUAUUUAAACAUAUUUUACAACGUAAUACAACACAACAAAUUAAAUUUCUCUAGUCUAGGAUUUAAAUUGAGGAUAUUUGGCUGUUGUCCCAGCCAUUGUUAAAACCUCCUUCUUAUCUAACAUCAAGUUGUCAAAACUAGAACAGCCCAUUUUGAAAUUGUAAAGAGAACCGCAGGAUUGCAGAAAGGGUCUCCACUCUCAUCUUGUCGGCAGAGUGGUGGAGGAAGAACAGUGCAGCCAUCACGCGAGCCCACAUCACUACUGGCACUGGCUACACAGCUAGCCAAAAUAUUACUUGAAGUUAUAUAAUUUACAAAUUAGGAAGUUUUAGUGAUUUGAAAAUGUGUUUGGUUUUAGAAAUGGGAAAUUUAGUCGUCCCGAGAGACUUUUUCGGGACACCAGGUACGAUCAUGAAAAAACUGGACAAUCUCGUUUUUACUGGACGUUUGGUCACCCUAGUCUAGUAGCAGCUUUGGUUUAUUUCAGGGAGAAAAUAUUAAUGAUUCAAAUUUGUCUAGUUGUAGCUGUAGUUUUAUUUAAACGCAUCUCUUUAUAUUAUUGAUUUUUUUGUAAUAGGGCAUAAGAAAUUGUGAGGAAAUCGGCAUGGAAUUUAACAAUAUUAUCAUUUCUUUUAGUAGAAAGUAACGCGAAGCAAUGAAUAUAGUUAUGCCAUUCUCUUAAUUGAACAGCUACAUUUUAGGAUUAUGUGGGGAUAAUUGUAAAAAUAACUUGUUUGAAGCUAGGAUUGUUUCAUACACCUUAACUUUGUAAAACUUUAACAUUUUGUGAUUUCUCUUCUUGCUGGUAAAAUACUUUUGCAUUAUCUACCUAUUAUUAUUUUCAUUUAGAAGCCUUUUAACAAUUUUGUUUCAAUUCUUGAACAAAUUCUUGUGCGUUAUAUUUUAUAUAAAUAAACAUGAGACAGUAGUGUUGGGAUAACGCCAAUAAAUCUUCAUUUGAUUAUGAUCAUUCUGAUCCAGUAGAUUUUUGGGCAUCCACCCUUCGGCCUGGUGUGUAUGAUCAAAGCAAUGCUGAGCUUAGCCAAACAAAUAUAUAUACAUAUAGUAAAUAUGUAUAAAAUGAAAAAACUUAUUGCACUACUUAAUAUUGAGUGGACCAAAUGUUUUCAUCUACAUCAAGGACAAUAGUUAAGAUAAGUUAAAUGUGAAAUUUAAGCUGUUAUUAUCUACCUAAACUAUUCCAUCCAACCAAUUUAAAACAACAUGGUAAUAAUGGGGAGAGAGUGUAAUCAGGUUAGAAAAACGGAAAUGAGCAAAACAAAUUAUGGGAAAACCUGGGAGAAAAAACGCAACAAAACAACGAACGUGUCAGCAAGAAGCCUUAAAAAGCAACAUGUUGUCAAAUAUCAGGUCUUACUUUGUUUAAUUUAUGAUUUUAAACAAAGAGGAGGCAACUUAACCUUGCAUGAUUGAUAAAUUAUUUUAUUUGUUAGUGGAGAUAUCAGAUCUUUUUUUUUUUUGUGAACCAAUUUUUGUAAAAUACAAUUUUAAACUGAUUAUAUUGGGUAGUUUCAUGACAAACUGAAAAGACUGGAAAUGGGCACAGCAACUCCAUGUUUUCAUUUUCAAUAGGCCACUAAAUUUUGUUAAAUUUUUAAAAAAUAUUAUUAUUUCUUUUUUUUUUGUUUUCUACUUAAUUAGUUGUAAUAGUAAUUUAAGUAAUUAAUUAAAAUGUUUAAUGCUUUUGGCUAGAAAAAAGUGACCUAUACAGCCAUCAUUUUAUUUUGAUUUUGCACUUGGCACUGUUUCUAAAUCACAAGUGAAUAAGGAACACAUUGGCACAUGUUAACUAUUUUUUGUUCUUCGCAAACGAAGAUGACCACUGCAAUUUUCACUUUAGUAGUAGUAGUAGUGGCCUUAACUUGAGCUGUAUUUUGUUUAAAGUGAGGGAGAGUUGCUCGAUUCGUCAGCCUCACUCUUGUCCUUGUCUAUUUGAUUCAAUGGCAAGGCUUAAUUAAGAUGAGCCAGGAUAUAGCAGAUGACCAGCAGUUCGUCUUGUGUGUUUCACGGUGCUUUUAUGCGCUCUAUGUCACAGGAGUAUUCAGAAUUUUCAUUGUGUCAAUGUUAUACUGCCUACGGGACUCCAUCUCUGAGUUUGAUUUCAGAGUUUGCCUUCUCUUAGAUGAGUUGCCAUCUAUUAUUAACGAGUUUUAUCCCAAUUCUUGGACUUUUGUAAGUUUAAGGUAAUUAAAAUGCUAAUUUUAAAUUAAUUUAAAACUUUGAUAAUCCUAUUUUAGAAAGAAAACCAGCAAAAUAUAAUUGUUUUCAAAAUGAUUAUGUGAACUCCGAUUUUUUAUUUAACAUCCCUAAUUUUAUUGUUUGAUAAUAUGGUCUCACUUCUCAAAACCAAGUUUUUACAGUUUUUACCCAAAUAUAAAAUUUACUUUAUAUAGAGUUUUGGGUGUUUAUACAUCUGACAUAGGUAAUUUUAAAUGAAUGUUGUUUUGAUCAAAUAGGAAUUUUGUCUCAGCUCCGUGACUAUUAAUAAUAACGAAACAUAUAAAGUAGUAAAGCUUUGAAUGCUUAGAUCAUUUUUUCAAGAUGUUGCACCCCAAAUGGCACAUUUCCUCAAAACAGAAAUGAAAUAGUUUUAAAAUGAAAAUAUAUUAAUGGGCAUUAUUAAUUACCAUUAAUUGUUUAGCAGAAGCAUUCUUGAUUUAAUGUUGGACAGGAGCAAUAAUAUAUAGAGCGACUCAUUGAAUUAUGCCUUAUGCUCUGAGUGAAUCCCUAUCUUGAGUUCCACAAUUUUAUUAUGAACAAAUGCAUUCCAUGCCAUGAUAAUUGAAAGGGGCUAAUAUUAAAUACAUGUGUUGUUUAAUUAUAAUCAUACAGUCAUUACUGUGUGAUAAAUUAAUGUGUUAUUUUUUAAAUAUUUUUUGCCUAUUUGAUUGACAAAUAUAUUUUUUGUUGUGAUAUGGAAACCUAAAAAGCACAAGAUUUCUGUAUUUUUUCAUAUUGCAUUUAAGACUGCAAGGAAUAUUUAGAAAAAUUUGAGCUAAUAGUAUAUUUUAUUGAUGACAUUUGAAGUAUAAAAAAAAAUAACAUUUUUUUCCAUUUCAAGUAUUUCAGCUUGUAAGCGAACAUUAAAGAAAAUAUUGUUUGCUAAAACAUUUAAUGUUUACAACUGCUGACAAUUCCGAGACAAGUUUUUGUAAUAAUCUUUACUGAAUAAUCCUCCAUUUAUACUGUUUUCUUAAUAUUAAUUUCAUUGAUGCAUUUUGAAACAAAAUCUAUAUUUGUGUUAUGUUGGAGCAAUUUUAUCAAUUUCGGAAUGUUGUUGUGAUGUCAAUUAAUACAAUGAUUAAAAUUAUUAAAUAGUG